AUGUAUUCAUAUCUAUAUUUUAUAACUGCAGUUCUAGUACCUUUUACAUCCGCUCAACAUGAUAUAAUAGCGAGUAGCGGAACUGGACCAGGACCUUCACAAAAUGCCUCUUACUUUGAAGAAUACAAUCAAUCCCCAAACGCUACCGGCACAGGCUACCUAAGAGGCGCCAACACCUCAUUUUCAAACCCAUGGACGGCUGACCCUGUGAGCUGGGAUACACGAAUCAAUGUCACUGAAGUCCAAUGGAUCGGUAACCAAACCGUGACGAACACAGUAAUUUCCCUCAGUACUCCAGAUAAUAUUCUCGCCGCCAAUUCUUCAUGGGAUACAUGUGUUGUUCUCUUUACAAGUAUCCCUAGGAAUGUGACGGUUAAGGGUCAAGAUGACACUGGAGAUUGUAAAACAAUGUUUACCGACGAUUGUAUGAACAGCUAUACAACUGCGAUUGAAUCGGCGAGGGUAGCGGCUGCGAGACGUAACGCUACGGGUGCAUGUGGAGGUAUCUCAUUUAGCGCAAUACCCGAUCAAUGUGCAGGAUCGUUGCUCGUUGGGUCUAUUGCUCAGAAUGUCACAUCAAACCAAACCGAUGGCUCAGCAUGGAUGUUCGAAUCCAGUGAUGCCCACGAUUCCACCAACUUAACAUGCUUCGAGGAAGCAGUUACGAGAGUAUGGCCAAUGAUGUUGAUUCAAAGUCCGAGCGGCAGUUUUGAAGGAGGAAGCGGGUUGGUAACGGCGCAAAUGAGUUGUUUGAGGGCGAGAAAUGUUACUAGUGGGAGUAAGGAGGUCGAUGAUGUUCCUGGUACGGGGAAUAGAGUGGUUCAUGGUGGGUGGGCAUUGUUGGUUGUUAUGGGAGCUGUUGGUAUCUUGCUACUUCUGGCAUAUGCAGGUGGAAAGUUGGCUGGCAUAAUAUAUAUCGUGAACAUAAGUGCUACUCAAGAGCUUCUCUGCAAGUAUCGUAUGGAUACCGUAAACUUUGAAGAAUUCGGUUCCGCUAAGCAGAGAUUCUCUCCAUUAGUAUACAGGGUGAAGAAUUCCUGUCAACAGGAAUACGAGAGUUAG